AUCUUUGAUUCCUAAGUUUUCACUUUUCAUUUUCUCAUCCAAAAUUUAUCCAGAAUUCUCGAAAAUGGAUUUCUGUAAAAGUUUCAGAGAAUUGAAACCGUUACUUCAUUUACUAAUCCCAUUAUGUGUUCAUUGGAUUGCUGAAGAAAUGACUGUUUCUGUUCUUGUUGAUGUUACCACAAAAGCUUUAUGUCCUGGAAAAUCAACAUGUACGCAAGCUAUUUACCUUACUGGAAUUCAACAAACGGUUGUGGGUAUUUUCAAGAUGGUUGUGCUUCCUAUCCUAGGACAGAUGGCAGAUGAUUAUGGACGCAAACCAUUGCUUAUGCUUACUGUAUCCACGACUAUAAUUCCCUUCGGUCUACUAGCUUGGGAUGAGUCAAAGCCAUUUGUUUAUACUUACUAUGUGCUUCGCACUAUUUCAUAUAUCAUAAGUCAAGGAAGUAUCUUCUGCAUUGCUGUUGCUUAUGCAGCUGACGUCGUGGAGGAUGGGAAGAGGGCUAUAGCAUUUGGAUGGAUUAUGGGUCUUUUUUCUGCUUCACAUGUUUUAGGGAACGUAUUGGCACGCUUUCUUCCGGAAGUUCAUAUUUUUGAGGUGUCUGUAGUUCUCCUGUUAUUUGGCCCAAUUUACAUGUACCUGUUUCUCACCGAGACAGUUCAAGCGGCUCCAAGGCAGGAACAACAGUCCCACUGCUUUGCUAAAAUAUCCAGAGUUAUACAACAACGGUGUAAAUCAAUGACCGCAGCUGUUAAUAUCGUUACAAGAAGUGAAACACUCAGGCGCAUUGCUCUAAUUUCCUUUUUUUAUGAGCUGGGAAUGUCUGGCAUCAGCAGUGUCUUACUGUACUAUCUAAAGUCAGCCUUCGGUUUCAACAAGAAUCAAUUCUCCGAACUUCUGAUGAUGGUGGGAAUAGGUUCCAUUGUUUCACAGAUUUUUGUGCUUCCAGUUGUGAACCCUUUGGUGGGAGAGAAAGUAAUUUUGUGCAUUUCAGUACUUGCUUCAAUCCUUUAUGCAAUAUUUUAUGGGUUGGCGUGGGCACCAUGGGUGCCAUAUCUUGGUGCAUCAUUCGGGGUUAUAUACGUCCUUGUGAAACCAGCUACUUAUGCUGUUAUUUCAAAGGCUUCAAGCUCGUCCAAUCAGGGUAAAACACAAGGAUUAAUUGCUUCUGUCCAAUCAGUUGCGAGUUUGAUAUCACCACUUGCAAUGAGUCCCUUGACUACAUGGUUUCUAUCAAGCAAAGCCCCCUUUGACUGCAAAGGUUUCAGUAUCUUGCUUGCAUCAAUUUGUAUGAUGGUUUCGUUCUAUCAUGCCAUGUUGCUGAAACCGGAAGAGUCCUCAAAAAGCAUCGAAGUAGACGAUUUUGAAACCAUUGAAGCCCCUCUCCUUGCAUGAUAUAGUUCACUCCCGCAGCUAGAACUAUAUAUUGCAGGAACAUAGGUCAACUUUAGGGGCGAUCCUCUAAUUUAGAAGUCCACAGCUCAUGGAUUUACAUUUCAAGGACUCCCAACAACCACAGCAGGUGUAGAAAGCCUCAAAGAAUCUAUAGAAUAGCGAUUGAUGAUGAUUCUGUGAUUCAGGCAUGAAUUAAUCAACUUUAAGUUGAUCUUUAACAUGUAACAUAGUGUUGUUCAUAUGAAUUAUGUAUCUCUAGUGCCAAGUAGUUUCCAUUGUCUUAUAUUGUUUGUGUCUAUAGUGCCAAAUAGUUUCAUUUUUGUUAUAUUUUCUGUUUGUUUUUUUGACGAAAAAAGUUGAUGUAUUAACAAUACGAUGUAAAGAAUAGUUAUUACAAUGAGCAAAAUUAAUACA